UGCGUGUCUGUGCGUCUUUACGUGCUCCGUCGUUCUCGGUUCAGAUCGGUGCGGGAGCGCGAGGCGCACGGACUCGUCACGCCGCCGCCGCCGCCGUUUUUCCUCCGCGCUCGUCACGCCGCUUCACGCCGCUUCUCGCCGCGUCCCUCCGCGUCGUGUCUCGGUCCUCGCGCUGAAAACACAAAGGCUGCGCGCGGAGGCGGAGCGCGGGGCCGGUGUGUGACACACGCGGACGCACCGGAGAAUGCCCCGCACGCGCGCACGUUUCCCCCGCGUGUGACGCCGAAGAAGAGCCGGAGCCCGGACCUGUGGAGCGCGCGCCGCCGCUGCCGCCGCUUCUGUCGCCGUCGUGUUCGCGGAGAGUAGAAUGCGCGUUUCGGCGGAAGGUUGAGCGGAGCCACGCGCAACUUCAGGACCCACGGAGGAAAAGACAGUGUGAGGACCAUGGGCUGUGGUCUGAAGAAGUUGAAGCCCGUGUCUGAGGAGCAGAGUCCAGGGAAGAUCUACUCCACCCUGAAGAGACCUCAGGUGGAGACCAGGGUGGGCGCGGCCUACACCUACCGCUACCUGGACUUCCUGAUCGGCCGAGACGGUGGGACGUCGACUCUUCGUCUGUCGUCGGUGAGGGAGGUGCCCGCUCAGCUCCAGGACCUGUACCAGCAGGGUUUCGUCCUGGCGGCGCUGCACCCCUUCCUCCAGCCCUGCGCCCGCGGAGCCGACAGCCCCGAGCACCAGCUGUACCGCGCCAUCCUGGUGCGCCACGGAGACGGGCUGGAGCGGGGCCCCUCUCUCGGGCCCCAGUAUCGGCUGCAGUUGGAGGAUUGUCUGUCUGCGGAUCAGGAGCCGACCCCGGAGCUCAUCCAGGGAUACGUCAAGAAGCACAUCCAGGACGCGGCCGAUCAGGGCGUCAUGUUCGUGGGCUUCGUCCAGGAGGCCUACAGCGCCCCCUGCAGGAGAGAGGCCGACACGCCGCCCCUGUCCCUGUCCCUGCACUCCAGCCCCAGCUCCGUCCUGGGCUCCCUGUGCAGCAGCGGCGGGGCCCCGGACUCCCCCCGCAGGGGCCCCGCCGAGGGCCGCGCGCCAGAGGGACCGGGAGGAGCGGGGGAGGAGGAGGAGAGCGCCCCCUGCGGCUCCGACGAGGGAACGCCGCGGCUCAACAACAACGCCACGCCCAAGGACAGGCCACACCCACAGCGCCACGGCAACGGUCUGGAGCUCCUGGCGCUGUACAACCUGCCCCCGGUGCGAGAACCCGCCGUCAGGUUCUACACGGUCAAGGUCCCCCUGAGGGUCCAGAGCAGCGCGGAGGGAGCGGUCAGCGGCCUGGACGGACCCUGGCUCGACCACCUGACCCAGCACUUCACCAGCGGAGCCUCUCUGGUGCACGGGCACUUCCACCUGGGACACAACAGCGAUCUUCAGUCCAGGACCUUGGAGAGUGUGUUCAUCUUCCAGGAGCCGGCAGAAGCUGAGGCGAGCGCUCAGGCCUACGACGCCAUCGUGGUGGAGCAGUGGACCGUCAUCCACGGGCUCCAGGUGAAGGCGGAUUACGUCCCUCUGCUUCAGUCCUUGGCCUCGUUCGGCUGGAGACUCACCUGUGUCCUGCCCACCCCCGUCGUCAGGAGCAACAGCGACGGCAGCGUCUCCACCAAACAGAUCGUGUUUCUGCAGAGACCCGUCCUGAGCCGGAAGAAGAGGGACACGAAGAAGCUGAUCUUCAAAACCAGAAAUAAAUCCAACAAAAACUGCAUCAAAGACUCGGCCAAGAACAAGAAGAAGGGCAAGAAAUCCGAGAAGGAACCCGAGGACGCGAAGCCGGCGGAAACGACCACCGACCCACCGGAGACAGCGGCAGUAGGGGACACUCACGAAUGUAACGCAGGAGAACCCGGAGACGUGUCCAGAGACGGGGACGAGGACGGCGGGACACCAGCUGGAGCGGAGCAGCCGGAAACCAAAGAAGAAGAAGAAGAAGAAGAGCAGCAGGAGGAGGAGGAGAACGCGGAGAGGCCGGUGCUGGAGAACGGACUGGACACGGACCCGGACGACCGAUCGACCGCCAGCAACGAGAUUAUUAUUACGAAAGGGGCGGCCGCGACCAACCCGGGCGCGGCGGGAAGUCAGGGGUAGAGGAGAGGGUUCGGGAGGAGAGCGGCGGCGCCCCCUACCUCGUGAAGAAGCGCGGGACUUUCUCGGACGGUGUUCGUGUGUCAGUUUCGCUCUGGGUCUGUAGCGUCGAACUGCUGAUGGAAAAAAAGACUCUCGUGUUUGAUUGUAUCACUGGUUCUACAGCCUGUGUCCUUAAAGAGGGGGUAUUCUGCUUGAAUAUUUUAGAUUUCUACCAUGUUCUAAAGUUGUUCUCUCAUCAAAAACACGCCUGAAGAGGUUUAAGAGUCAUCUGUGCAUGUUUGAGUAAUCUAGUGAUCUCUCCUCAGCCCUAUUCUAACGCUCCUUACAGUUAGGUGUAAAGUUCCGUAUGAAUAAAUUAGUGCUGUCAAAAAUAUCACGUUAUUAACGAGUUAACGCAAAACAAUUUUAAAGGUGUAAAUUUUUUUUUUUUUUAUCGUAAACUAGUUUUUUCAUAAACUGUGUCCACUGCUGUAAUGUUAAAAAAAACUUCAGGAUCUGACUUUAAACAGGAAGCAAAACAAUUAGUACGAAACUGAGAAGCCCCGUGUGUGCGCUGAUGUUACUCAAACAAAGAAAACAUGAAAUAAAGUCGUAAACACACGGCGAAUCUGCACUGACCUUCGAUAAAAACUGUGACAGAGACAGAAGUUUUACAGACUCUUCAGGAUGUUCUCACUCAGCGCUGUUUUUAUCUCCAUAAACUCGCAGAGGAGAGUUUCGCAGCAGGAUUCACACGUGUCUCACUGUUUACACUAAAUAUGAAUGUGUUAAAAACACCACAACGUGUGUGAAUUUUAACACAUCAGUGAGUUCUAUUUGAGACAACACAACUUGAGUUAAUUGUGACUUUGACUAUUGAUUGUGAAUUGGCUGAUGAUGUUUACACAUAUUUUUGUGUUGUAGAAGUUAAAUCAUGUAACACAUUAUUUGCAGAAAUUGACACAACGUGUGUUAUUUGUCUUUCUACACAUUCAAAGUGUAAGAAAACAACACAUUCUUUCUUAGAGUGUAACACAUAUUUGUGCCGCUGGACUUAUUUUCUCCACUGAAGCGUUGGUUCUGCUCCACAUGUAAACAAACAGUGACGCCUCAGAACAGCAGCUGGACAAACACGUCACAAACACAGAUGCAAUAAAAAAAAAAAUUUAAAUUCAAGGAAGAAAAAUGUGCGAUUAAUUUGUGAUUAACCGUGAGUUAACUAUGACAUUCAUGAGAUUAAUUGCAAUUAAAUAUUUUAAUUGACUGACAGCACUAAAAUAAAAACACAAAAACAUGAUAAAAAACUGUGCUCAGCAACUCGACAAACCUGACGUGAUGUGCAGGAGUUUCAUUAGCGGGACGCGGCUGAUCGUGUUGUGAUAGUGCUCUGAAGGGGGAGUGACAUCGAGAAAGAGAAACUUAUAAAACAUGUUUAAAAAAAAAAAAUGGAACACGGUGAUUUAAAUGUUUUGUUUGAGCUGUUAAUAACCCAUAGAAGUAAAAUACCCCCUCUUUAAACUCUAUGUAUUUUUAUUAUUUUUUAUUUUCCAGAUUUUAUGAACAGUUGUUUGGUCGUCUUAACAAGGCCACUGAUCCUCGGAUGAUUUUAUUUGUUUUUUCUUUUCGACUCUGAGCCUAAAGAUCUUAAAAUGGGACUAAACACCUAAACUCAAACUCAAAACAACAGUAUCAACAUUUCGAUCGAGUUCAGAAACACCUGUCUGUACGCAGGGCAGUUCUGUGUGAUGUCACCAACUACUGAAAACUGACAGCACAAACUUAGAUUUCGCCGUUUUUGACCACAGAGCUGCAAAUGUUUUGAGUUUGCUCAGUUUGAACAGUGGAAAAUGUUGUUAAAACACCAGAUGCACAGUUUAAUAGUGAAAAAGUGCAAAGUGCAUCAACGGAAACGUGUUUAGUUUCACUUUGAGUCACAGGAACUUCAACAUUCCUUUGAAAAUAUAUAUUUUAAAGAAAUUAUUUAUGGAUUUUGAGAAAUAAUUUUACCACACCAGGAAAACCAGACCGUAGACGGUUCUUGUGAUAAAUAUAAAAGGUGCUGUGAGAACAUUUUCUGCCACCUGCUCGUCUCUAUAAACGUUUUAAUGCCUGGAUUAUAAUUUCCACCACACUUUUAUUAUAUUACAGGUGUUUUUAUUGCUCAAAAAUACAUAAAAACACUUUGUCUUCAUGUUUAAAGAGUAACAUUAACACCAGACUAUGGGACUAGAGUGGUCCACAAAAUAAUGGUUUUUAAAAAAGCUUCAAUUUUCUUUCCUCCCAAUGUUUUAUUUGAGUCUAACCCAUAAAAAAAAAAGAUAUUCCAUGUAAAAUAUCAGUCUGAUUGGUUAAUAUGACAAGUUAUAAAAGGUAAAUAGUUUAUUUAAAUGAAAAUUUGAAUAAUACAAAAUAUUAGAGAUGUAACAAUAAGCGAAAUAUCGUGAUAUUGUAAAGUUCUCACAAUAAUAUCAUGGAACAUCACAAUAUAUCGAAUUACACGUUUUUUUGCUUAAAUGAAGAGUUACGGUGCAGCAACAGCAAAAAAAAAAAAGACAGAGGGAACUACAUAGACCAUGAUCCUUUGCUGCACUUUUAAGUCUUGGUUCUUUGGAUUAAGUCUUGUCAAGGAAUUUUAAGAGGAAAAAGUUGCAUAUUAACAGAUUUGUCAGUUUUGCCUCCACAAAAUAUCGCAAUAAAUAUCGUACCAUGAGAUGUAUAUCAUGAAAAUAUCGUAUAUCGUUUGGAUAUUGUUACAUCUCUAAUCGUGAGCCUCACCACCGUAUCAUGAGCUUUCCUACAAUAUCGCAAUAAAUAUCGUAUCGUGAGACUUGGAUAUCGUUACAGCCCUACAAAAUAAGAUGCGAUUCGGUUUUUUGCUUUUAUUGCUGUUUUCUUCAGUGACUUCCACUCAAUCUUUUCAAUCCCAUGAUCCUUUCUGAUUGUUUGGAUUCUGCCAGAAGCUCAUGACUUCUUCCCAAACGAUGCUGGCACCACCGCAGUAGCUCAGUUGGUAGAGCGUUUGUCCAUUGAGCUGAAGGAUGGCAGUUUGAAUCCCACGCUCGACGUAAACAUCAUUUGUUGAGCAGUCAGAUCCGCCGUAUAAAAUGUGACCAUGAACAUGACGAUGGAGAAACACACGGGGGCAGUUUUCUUCCAAGUAUCUGCUCCUCUGACUUCAACAUCAAAUAGAGGCACUUUGCAGACGUCUUAAGAAUCACAGUGGCCAUUACCGGCUCAUCAAAUUCUGAUCCCGUCACAUCUCAGAAGCUCAGCAGGACCGGGCCUGUUUAAUAGGCGAGGUUCAGCUGACGUCAUUGUUAUUAAAAGCCGGCGUUGCUGCUGGGAAAUAUUUUGGUCGGAGGCAAGAAACACGGUAGCGUCAAACACAGUGCGUAACCUCGCGUAUUUCUCCCCGAUAAUGGUAAAUUCCUGCUGCAUUAUCAGACGCACAAAUAGAAACACGGAAGAAGGAAAAUGUCUUUUUCAUAUUCUGAGGGAAAAGAACCGCUAACGGUGAAUUAAACGACUUUCAAACAUCCGCAGAGCAAACGUAGAAGAUCCUAACAAACCGUGGACUCAACAAGUUCAACAACACAUCGAGACUCUUGGAGGUUUUCAUCUUUUCUGCUGUGAAAGGCCCAGGAGUUUCCACCAAGUCAUUGUGGAUAUCAUCCAAGUGAAUAUUUGUCCAGGUAGUUGGAGAUUCCGACCAGAAAUGUGGUUUGGUCCAGACUCUGUCGGGGUUGAAAAGGGUGAUUUGUCGUCCGUCGAUGUUUAUGACCAAUUUCUGGUCAAAUGGUCUUGGGUC